AUGUUGCCCAGCGCACUUGAAAAGUCCGUGACUCUCGACGGCCCUCUUGCUCGAGACAUGGGCGACGGCUCGAGCAGUCAUGAACAGGUAUCUGGGCAUGGCAAUCUCCCUGGUUACCUGUCUCUCAACCACGCCAGCGCAGAGGUCAAGGAGCCUGUUUCCGGAGCCACCAAGCUGCGCAAGAUGCUCUUUGAGACCAACGAGAUCGUUGUUUGCCCAGGUGUCUAUGAUGGCUUAUCCGCACGCACAGCCAUUGAGCUCGGCUUCAACGCCAUGUACAUGACGGGAGCAGGCACCACGGCCUCUAGGCUCGGCCAGCCCGAUCUGGCCAUUGCCCAGCUGCACGAGAUGCGCGAGAAUGCAGACAUGAUUGCCAACCUGGACCCCUUUGGCCCGCCACUCAUUGCCGACAUGGACACUGGCUACGGAGGUCCCAUCAUGGCCGCUCGCACGGUGGAGCAAUAUAUUCGGGCUGGCGUUGCCGGCGCGCAUCUCGAGGACCAGGUCCUUACGAAGCGGUGCGGCCAUCUCGCUGGCAAAAAGGUCGUCCCUCGCGAGGAGUACUACGCCCGCAUCCGCGCCGCCCACGCAGCCCGCGUCCGCAUGCGCUCCGACUUUGUGCUGAUUGCGCGAACCGACGCCCUGCAGUCGCUCGGCUACGACGAGUGCAUCGAGCGUCUCCGUACGGCGCGGGACCUCGGCGCCGACGUCGGCCUCCUCGAGGGCUUCAAGUCCAAGGAGCAGGCGGCCCAGGCCGUCAAGGACCUGGCCCCCUGGCCGCUGCUCCUCAACAGCGUCGAGAACGGCGCCAGCCCGACCAUUACCGUCGACGAGGCGCGCCAGAUGGGCUUCCGCAUCAUGAUCUUCUCCUUUGCCUGCAUCGCGCCCGCGUACAGGGCCAUCAAGGAGACUCUCACCCUGCUCAAGACCAAGGGCAUCGUUGGCACGCCCAAGGACUUGACGCCCGUCCGCUUGUUUGAGGUGUGUGGGCUGCAGCACUCCAUGUCUGUUGAUGUGGAGGCCGGUGGACUUUCGUUUGCAAAUGGUGUAUAA